CAUCUGCUACGGGUGAAGCCAUCGAUAAAGACGGAUGGUUUAACAGCGGUGAUAUAGGUUGGAUUGUGCCCAAACAUUCUGCUGGGAUUAGCCGUCAAUGUGGAGGCAUGCUUGUUAUUGAAGGACGUGCAAAGGAUACAAUUGUUCUCAGCACAGGUGAAAAUGUUGAACCCACCCUCAGAACUUGAGGAAGCUGUGAUGAGGAGUAACUUGAUUCAACAUAUUGUGGUCAUUGGUCAGGAUCAACGUAGGCUUGGAGCUCUUGUUGUCCCAAAUAUGGAUGAGGUUUUAGCGUCAGCUAAAAAUCUUUUGUUAGUCAAUGAUGAGAAUCCUGAUCUCAGCAAGGACAAAAUGCUAGGCCUGUUACAUGACGAAGUAAGAAACUGGACUAAAGAUUGCUCCUUCAAUAUCGGGCCUAUAAUGAUUGUAGAUGAGCCCUUCACGAUUGAGAAUGGAUUAUUGACGCCCACAUUGAAAGUGAGAAGGGAAAAAGUUAUUGAUCGGUACAGUGUAGAGAUUGCCAACUUGUACAAGUGAAAGCAUAUGCGGUUACCUUUUCUGUGAACUGGAAGCUUCAAGUGUAAUAACGAUAAACCUAGCAGUACCAAUAAAUUGUAUAAAUUCUUUGUGAUACCAACAAUAAAUCUGUUGAAAAAAUUU